CACCACGGAACGACGAGCUGAUAGCAGCGCAUCUUUCUUUUCCCCUAACCACUUCUGCGCAUGCGGCACCCUCUCACACGAAGAUAUAAAAGCAACCACAAUAAAGAUACAGCAGUUUUUCGAUGCCCAACCACUGUGUGUGUCGACUUGCUCAGAGGCGCACGAUACAUGGUGUCAGAAGUGCCCACAGCCACGCGGCAGGAAGCAAGCCAUGGACGCCUUAAAACUGCCCUGCCCACUACAGUUGACCGGUAAUGUCAGAAGGAACUGGGAACUCUUGAAGCAAAGACUGGACCUAUUCCUGACGGCUACCUCGACAGACCAUCCCAAGACAGAAGCGGUCAAGGCGGCCAUCCUCCUGAGCGCCGCGGGUGACGAAGCGCUUGAGGUCUAUAACAACUUCACAUUCGCCGAAGGUGAGCUCAAGGAUGACUACGAGACACUAGUGCGGAAGUUUGACGCAUACUUUAUUGAGCAAGGAAACGAGGUUUACGAACGGCAUUUGUUCCGUAUGCGAGUCCAAGAUGAAGGAGAGCGAUUCGAGCGGUUUGUACGUGACCUGAGGACACAAGCCAAACUUUGUAACUUCGGGACCCUUGAAGAGUGUAUGAUUAGGGACCAGAUUGUAUUCGGGCCUAAUGACAAGACUGUCCGAGAGAAAAUGUUGCAGGACAACACCUUGACUCUACAGAAAGCCGAGAACAUAUGCAAAGCAGCUGAAGCGGCGGCACAACAAAAUGCUGCAUGGGUCAACGAGCGCGUGCAAGUAGACUUCACUCGCCGAUAUGAACGCGGCAAAGAACAAAAAGGCCGGUGCAAGCACUGUGGUCGAGCGCACGCGCCACGGCAAUGUCCAGCCUACGGAAAAACUUGCUACGCAUGUAAAAAGCAGAAUCACUUUUCAUCGUGCUGCAAGAACCCGCAAGUUCACGGCAUUCAGGAAGAUCGUGAAGACAGCUUUGAUGUCCUUGACGUCAGCAUCUGUGGCGUAAGCACAAAACCAGGGAAAGACUGGACAGUGCGUGGCAAGGUCUCUGGUCACGAGAUAGAAUUGAAAGUCGAUACUGGUUCCCAAGCCAACUUGAUUCCGCUUAGCCUUUUUCAGCGCAUCUCGAAAGUGAACACGUUGCGCAAGAGCGCAGCAGUGCUGACUGCCUACAACGGCUCCGAGAUCAAGCAUCUCGGUGUCGCAACUGAAGCACUAGAGAUGAACGGUACCACGAGAGAUACUGCCUUCUUUAUCGUCAAGAAAGGACGCCAAGCGAUCAUUGGCUUGAGCACAUGCAUCGAGUUCGGCAUUGUCCCAGCAAACAUCGACUCAGUCAGGAGAAGUGGAAAAGCAGGGCCAGAAACAGAAUUUGCGCAUCUUUUUCAUGGAACGGGCUGCGUACAAAGAACGUACAAAAUGGUUCUACGACCAGACGCGGUUCCAGUCGUACAACCUGCUCGGAAAGUACCUUUGGCACUGAAGCAACCAUUGCGUGACGAGCUGGCACGCAUGGAGAAGGCGUCCAUCAUCGUCAAAGUAGAAGAACCCACCGAAUGGGGACGGCGCCUGCGCACCAGCGUUCCGGAAUACAGCGCUGAGCUGGGAUGCCCAAUAGUCAAGCAUCAACAGCGGGCCAUGGGCAAAGCGCUGCACCCUUUGCAGCAAGGAGACACGGUACGCAUACUGGAUGACAACUGGUCACGUAAGGCAAGAGUGCUUCAAGAAGCGGCUCCCCGGUCCCACAUCGUGGAGACAGAGGAUGGAAGGCUUCUAAGGCGGAACAGACAACACCUGCUGCAAACGCGGGAAAAAUACCGCAGGGUAGACGAAGAUGACAACAGCAACGCUGAAAAUAGUAGCUUAGACAACGAAAGACAGGAGCCUCCAGAACAAGGCAAAAGUGCACCCGGGUUAACUGGUCAUCCACAAGCCAACAUACAGGUGUUCCCCAAAGUGGAGACAUCGGAAGCAGAGCCCCGCAGGUCAACCCGUCAGCGCAACAAGCCUCAACGGCUGCAAUACGAAGCGAAUUUCCGUCAAGUCUCCUAGCUUUUUUUUUCUUGCCUUGUGGUCAUAGUCUUUUUUUUUUUGUUAAGGGAAAGGAGAUGUAUCAUACUUGGCCACCACGGAACGACGAGCUGAUAGCAGCGCAUCUUUCUUUUCCCCUAACCACUUCUGCGCAUGCGGCACCCUCUCACACGAAGAUAUAAAAGCAACCACAAUAAAGAUACAGCAGUUUUUCGAUGCCCAGCCACUGUGUGUGUCGACUUGCUCAGAGGCGCACGAUACAGUUACCUCUGCAAUUGGAGAUAUCAUUGCCUAACUGGUAUGGCUUUUCUUCAAUUGGUCACGUGUUCACUUCUUGCUGCUCGGGAGUUUUAUCAUCUCGCUUCGCGUGCAUGACAUUGUUUUUGAUAUGGCGAUAAAGGAGGCUGGUGUAGUUCGGUUGUGCGCAUGUGUUGUGAUUCUUUUAAAUAUAGAAUUUUUGCGAAAAAUAAACCAGUCG